UUGAAAUAUACGAGACCAAACAUUAAACGUGGCAAAUUUUCUCAUGAUGAAGAUAAAGUUAUAUGUGUCCUCUUUGCUAGCAUUUGUAGCAGGUGGUCAAUAAUGGCAGCACAAUUACCAGGAAGAACAGACAAUGAUAUCAACAACUACUGGAACACAAAGCUGAAGAAGAAGAUGAUGAGCAACUUAAUCACCCUACUCGAACAUAGAAAAACUCUUCAACAUCUUCAAUGUUUUAUUUCUUCAACAAACUAUAGCUACCCAUCACGAUCGAUUUUUCAAAAUAGUAAUAUCAAUGUUAAUGCUCCAUUAUCAUCAUCAAUUUCAUCGUCUCCAUCAUAUUUGUACAGUAUAAAUACUUCUAGCUACCAUGAUCAAACCUUAUCUAUCCCAUCUAGCCCUAGAAUUAAUGAUGCUAAUCUUCAACAUCCAGUUCUCCAAUCACAAGAUCAUGGAUUUCUCGGUUUGUUUUCCACGGAGACUUACCAGCAGGAGGUAAAAGACAGUUCUACCCUUGUCUUCAUUGGAGGUGAUCAAGCUAGUUAUAGUUCUAAUUCCGAUGGGAGCUGCCAUUAUCAGUAUCGUAGUACUGUUGGUGUAUAUUGUGACAGCCCAAAACUUUUCCGUUUCUGA